AUGCGCGCUACUUUCGCCGGUGUAAACUUCUUGCAGCUCCUGACCUUCCUGGUGGUCUUUGUCCUGAUUUUGGGAUUCGUAAGUUCAGGAAAGGGAGGCCAUACGACAAGCUACCGCGUCGAGUUUUCUGUGUACCAGCGAUGGACGAAGGCACACCAAUAG